CCGUAUUAGGCCCAUAACAUCAUAUCUUUGUGUUGCAAUGAAUCACAGAGCAUGCUCACUACAACUAGACUAAAACUAUUUGCAGUGAUGUGUGGUGGGCUACGUAAUGCGCCCUCUGGACGCUUGUGUAAUGCCAACGAUAGAGCAUUAUUAAGUCGUGAUGCGAAAAGUAGGGGCUUUAUUUUUUCUUUAAAUUCGUCGAGGCUUGACUCGUCAAAUUAGAGAGCGCUAGCCCACUUCAGAGACACAUACUAGAAUGGACUAUUACCGACGACAGAUACCUCGCGGUGUAUCUGCCGGUCUCUUCAGCUGCUGUUGUGUCCACUGCUGCAAUCGAAUUCGGUUUCCUUGCUCUGACUGCAGACACAGGAGCUAACAAACGGAGACAGUUCAAACAGUUGCCUACAUCCAGUAGAAAUCAGAUGCGUUGUGCGGGGAGCGCUUUGUUGAAAGGCCUUUUCGUUUCAGACGUUAAGCGGACAUCGGAGAGGUCCUUUAUAGCCAUUAUUUUAAAUGAUUUACCGUGGAAUGGAGUAAUUUGUGCAAGAGGAACGACAUUAAGCAGUUUAUGUGCGUGUGAUGAUAGGAGACACAAUGACGCUGUUGUCUCUUCUUGGUCGGAUCAUGCGUUAUUUCUUACUCAGGCCAGAGACCUUGUUUUUGUUAUGCAUAAGCUUGGCUUUGUGGAGUUACUUCUUCCAUACGGAUGAAGUAAAGACCAUUGUGAAAUCCAGCCGUGAUGCUGUGAAAAUGGUUAAGGGGAAAGUGGCAGAGAUCAUGCUUAACGAUAGACUUGGAGGUCUGGAUGUCGCAGAUGCUGAAUUUUCUAAAACCUGGGAGUUCAAAAACAACAAUGUAGCUGUGUACUCCAUCCAGGGCAGGAGGGACCACAUGGAAGACCGCUUUGAAGUACUCACAGACAUUGUUAAUAAAAGUCACCCGUCCAUAUUUGGGAUAUUCGACGGUCAUGGUGGAGAGUCGGCUGCAGACUUUGUGAAGGCGCACCUGCCCGAGGCGCUGCGGCAGCAGCUGCUGGCCUAUGAGCGGGAGAAGAGGGAGAGCCAGCUCUCUUACCCCGCUAUCUUGGAGCAGCGCAUUCUGGCAGUGGACCGCGACAUGGUGGAGAAGUUUUCCGCCUCCCAUGACGAAGCAGGUACAACAUGUUUGGUGGCCUUACUCUCUGAUAGAGAGCUGACAGUGGCUAAUGUUGGGGACUCCAGGGGUGUUAUUUGCGAUAAAGAUGGAAAUGCAAUUGCAUUGUCACAUGACCACAAGCCCUACCAACUCAAGGAGCGCAAGAGGAUCAAGAGAGCAGGUGGAUUUAUCAGUUUCAAUGGCUCCUGGCGUGUCCAGGGCAUCCUAGCCAUGUCACGCUCCCUGGGAGACUACCCACUCAAGAACCUCAACGUGGUUAUCCCUGACCCCGAUGUGCUUACCUUCGACCUGGACAAGCUCCAACCUGAGUUCAUGAUCCUGGCCUCAGAUGGACUGUGGGAUGCCUUCAGCAAUGAGGAAGCAGUGCGCUUUGUGCGGGAGCGUCUUGACGAGCCACACUUUGGGGCCAAGAGCAUUGUGCUGCAGUCGUUUUACCGUGGUUGCCCAGAUAACAUCACUGUCAUGGUGGUCAAGUUUAAGAGCGGGCCUAGUGGCAGGGCGGCAGAAUAGACUCGGUUUUGAGUUUUUGAAGGAAGAGAGGACACCUGCGUUGAGUUCCUAUACAGACUCUUUACCUUACUAAAAGAUGGGUACAGUGUAAUGUACUGACAUACAUAUCUUAAACACUGUUAUUUAUGAAAAAUAUUGUUUUCGUAAUGACUUGUGAAAUGAACACAAUUUUGUGUUUUUAGAGUCCCUGUCUAAGAAAUUAUUAUUAUGCAUCAACAAGUUCAUAGUCACUGGAAUUUCUGGGAAAAUGGAAGGGUUUUAUUUUUUUAACCUAUACAUUCAGGUGUACCAGGUACUGUUUACUAAUUGUAAUGGCACUGCAUAUUAUUCAAACGCCAGGUAGUUAUGGCACUGAUAUAAUCCUGAGAUUUUUUUUCUUUUUGUUUCCUGAACUAAGCAACUUAAUGUAAUCACAAAAUGCCUGUGCUUACAGCCCAAUCUCCCAUUUGUCUACUAAAUGACAGAAUAUGACUCAAUCUGCAUGGCAUCCUAAGGAGGAUCUGUGGAUAACUGUUGUAGUAUGACUUACCAAGCACAAUGGCCAUAGUAGGCGCUUGAUAAUGUCAGGUGCUUUGUGAUAUUGAUUUUGUUAAUAUCAUACAGGAUAGAGGUAUCUGAUAACAGGUCACAAAUGGUAGCACAGUCAACUGACCAGCUUCGCUAAUUGUACUGUUGUUAAUGUCUACUGCUUUGUUAUGUCACUCCUAUUAUUUAGUGAUCGAUGUAGCCUUACUGUAUGUUAUGCUAUUUCGUGGCCUUUUCAUUUGCCAAUAAGGUCAUUGCCAAAUAAUAUGUGCAGAUACCAGUCAAAA